UACUGCAGCCUUUACUCUGUUUGUAGAAGCCUCGGCCUAGUGUCGCCUAGUGUCGCCCAGUGUCGCCCAGUGUCGCCCAGUGUCGCCCAGUGUCGCCUAGUGUCGCCCAGAGUCUUCCAGCGCGGUGGAACUGAUUGCUUCGCUCUCCUGCGUACAAGCUACAUGACCUGUCUGUAAUCGAUGAGGUGAGGUGAGCGCUACCCGCGCUGAGACUGAGAGGAAGUUACCGUUCUUCAAGAGGAAGGAAAGGCGUCCAGCGGACUUGGGGAAACUGGUAACGCGCAUGCCCGGCGGACGGUGACGCCAGAGGGAAGCUGCAAAGCUGGAGGACGGAAGCGAAGCCAUGGCCGCCCCGAGCCAGCAGUACUGCCUGCGCUGGAACAACCACCGCUCCAACCUGCUGACCGUGUUCGACGAGCUCCUGCGCAGCGAGGCCUUCACGGACGUGACGCUGGCCUGCGAGGGCAGCGUGUCCGUCAAGUGCCACAAGAUGGUGCUGGCCGCCUGCUCGUCCUACUUCCAGGCGCUGUUCACGGAGCUGCCGUGCCGCCACCCGGUGGUCGUGCUCAAGGACGUCAGGUACUCGGAGAUGAAGGCCAUCCUGGAGUACAUGUACCGCGGCGAGGUGAACGUGGCGCAGGACCAGCUGGCGGCGCUGCUCAAGGUGGCGCAGACCUUGAAGGUGAAGGGCCUGGUGGAGGAGCGCGAGCCCCUCACCAGCACGCCCAAGAGGGGCGACCCCGAGGCGCAGGGCGAGGACCCCCACUCGCCGCCCAACAUCACCACCUCGCUGGCCAACCCGGGGCCUCCGCCGGUCCCGCACAGCAGCAGCAGUGUGUCGCCGCCGCACUCCUCGGGCCACCCCUCGCCCGUCCCGCCGCCGCCCUCGACCGGCGGCCUGCUGGGCGCGUGCUACGAGGCGUCGGGCGGCGCCGGCCCCGACAUGUCGCCGCUCAAGCGCAAGAAGCUGCAGAGCCUGCUGAUGAGCCGCGACACGCCCAUCCUGCGCACCGUGCUGGGGCAGGGCCAGCCCGACUCCUCGCAGCCCAUGGCGCUGGUGUGUCCGGACGGCGAGCCGCGCGCGCAGUUCAACGGCGCGCCGCACGACCUCGACAAGUCGAAUGUGAAAGCUGAAACGUAUGAGGAAGCACGGUCACCAUAUACAGACAUCUCCGGCGUGGAUGAAGAAUCAGGUGAAAAGGCAAACAAGAUAAUGAUGUCGCAGUCAUUUCCCGCAGUGUCGUCCGGCAUCGCCACGUACGUGCCGACGCAGAAGCCCGAGUGGAAGCGCUACAAGCAGUACACGCGCAACGACAUCAUGUCGGCCAUCGAGGCGGUGCGCACGGGCAUGAGCGCGCUGCAGGCCGCCCGCAAGUACGGCGUGCCCUCGCGCACGCUCUACGACAAGGUCAAGAAGAUGGGCAUCACGACGAGCCGGCCCUUCAACAAGCGGGUGUCGGGCGGCGGGGGGCCGGGCGGGGGUGGGCCCUACUUCCCCUACGGCGGGGUGUACCCGGGGGAGGGGGAGGAGCCGGCGCAGGCCCAGCCCCUGUUCCUGCAGCACGCCCUGGACGGCAUGAAGCGCGAGCUGGGGGAGCGCGAGGCCCGGGCGGCUCUGGCGUCGGCCCACAGCGGGGCCUCGUCGUCCAGCCCCGGGGAGAACGGCCGGUCGCCCAGCCCGGGCCUCAAGUACCGCCACAGCCUGACGCCGAGCCCCGGGGACGGCGACGAGCGCGAUGAGGACCGCGUGGAGGACCUGAGCGUGUCUCGCAAGCCCGAGCCGGCGCGCGUCAUCGUGCCGCUGCUGGGCCAGCCGCCCGACGACGCCCGCUUCGACAACUCCCUGGAGGCCGCGGAGCGGGACUGA